CAUUGAGCCUGCUGUCGUGUCUGGACGGUCGUGUCUUGGAACUGACAACGAAGGAGGUUUUCAUCGGUCGGCGCUCUUACAUCUACCAGAAAAAUGGUGUGCGGAGGAUUUCAAUGUUCAAAGAAUGCAUUGGCAGCAUUGAAUGUGUUAUAUAUAUUUGUGUCCUUCAUUCUGAUUGGUGUGGCAGCAUAUGGUAGAGUGGUUGCCAUAGUGACCAAUUUGACCCUGGUUGGAGGGAUCAUUGCGUGUGGAGUUUUCCUGUUCAUUAUUGCCCUCAUUGGUCUCAUUGGUGCAAUCAAGCACCACCAGGUGCUGCUCUUCUUUUACAUGAUCAUCCUAUUCCUGUUAUUCCUGCUCCAAUUCUCCCUGGCCUGUGCAUGUUUGGCCAUCAAUGAGGACCAACAGGAACAGUUUGCUGAAAAUGGCUGGAGACUGGCCUCUAACCAAACCAAAGAAACAGUCCAGUACAAAUUUGACUGCUGUGGCUUUAAGGACUGGAGUAUACAGGGAGACAACCCCAGCGGUCAUCCUCCUUGCGGUGGGAUUCAGUGCUGUAGUGGGGGUAAUGCUGGACCCUGUUGUACAAAAACAUCAAAUAUUACUGAAGCUGACCUUCAGGCCAUGUGUCCCUGUCAGACUUGUUUGACAGCACUACAGAACGAAAUCCAUUCCGCCUUCAAAAUAACGGGGGGUGUAGGCCUCUUCUUCAGCUUUACAGAGAUAAUUGGAGUUUGGCUUGCGCUACGAUACAGAAAUCAGAAAGAUCCUAAAGCAAAUCCAAGUGCGUUUCUAUAGUUGUAGUUAGGUAGUAGUAGUAUAAAAUUUAUAUAGAUUUACACAAACUACUGUAAGUAUGUCUGUUUUACCUAAGAAACCAAUCUAGAUAUAUUGUAAACCAGGAUAUUUGUGUUGUUAGAUAGAAGUCAUCAAUGUAAAAUAUAUUUACAAUCUUAUGAGACAAUGCAUGGCAGGACAUUACAAUCACUUCUCAUAUUUCUGCAAUCAAUGUUAGUUGUUGCACAAAUAUAUUUUGUCAACAGAUAAAAAUCAUAUGCACAUAUUCGCAUAUCACUGAAUUCAAAACUUCAUAUUUAAUUAGUUAAUAUUAAUAUCUUGGUUUACAAUGUUUUCUGUGUUUAUGCAUUUUCAUAAAUGAGAUUUACACAACCAAUAUGCCUAAAAGACACUAAAAUAAUGAAUGUGAUAAAGAUAGACCAAAUUCUUAGAUUUUUUUUUCAAACAUAUGUAUCUUAGUUAAAAAAGUCUAUUUACAGUACUUUGUUAUGUAAGAGUAAACAUAUAUAACUGUUUCUGUUGACAUGUGUUACGCGUUACACAGUUUGGGAUUGUCUAUGAUGGGUACGUGUUAGACAGUUUGGGAUUGUCUAUGAUGGACACAUGUUACGUGUUAGACAGUUUGGGAUUGUCUAUGAUGGACACUUGAUACGUGUUAGACAGUUUGGGAUUGUCUAUGAUGGGCACGUGUUACAUGUUAGACAGUUUGGGAUUGUCUAUGAUGGACACUUGACACGUGUUAGACAGUUUGGGAUUGUCUAUGAUGGACUCUUGAUACGUGUUAGCCAGUUUGGGAUUGUCUAUGAUGGACACUUGAUACGUGUUAGACAGUUUGGGAUUGUCUACUUUGGACACGUGUUACGUGUUAGACAGUUUGGGAUUGUCUACGAUGGACACUUGUUAAGCGUUAGACAGUUUGGGAUUGUCUACGAUGGACACGUGUUACAUGUUAGACAGUAUGGGAUUGUCUAUGAUGGGCACGUGUUACAUGUUAGACAGUUUGGGAUUGUCUACGAUGUCAAGUGUACACACGUUUUAACUGUUUUACUUGCCUGGAUCCUACGGUUCAAAAUGUUGUCAAUACAUACAUCAUUGCUUAGUCUAUAGUUGGUCUGUCAAUAGUGUUUAAGUUACAUACUUGUUAUGAUGUCCUAUGAUCAUACAGUACAAGUACAUGUACUGUGGGAGAUAAGACUGGACAAGUGUAUAUUGUAUGUUACGGCUGCUGAGCAGGACCAAAUUCAAGUGAUGAAACAUUGUUGUCUAUUGAUGCACUGAUCUGACCUAGGAUCCCCAUAAGUUAUAUGUAAAUAAGAAUGUCUGCAGUGUCUCUCAUUUAUAUUUAUUUGUAAGUAGUAGUUCUAUAUAUAGAAUAUUGGAUAAAAAUGCAUUUGGGAAGUGUAACUGUGACGUAAGAACAGCAUACUGGUUACUGUACGAUAAAAGUGAACGUGUUGGAUGGUUGUGAUAAUUGAAUGUUACAUACAAUGUUAUGUUCCCAUCAGUUAGUCAAGGACUAACAGGUUUGUAAAUUUUGUUUGUGGAGGGAACUCCAUAAUUGGUUGAUUUUCAUAAAUAUGUAUAAAUAACAUAAGUAUUAAAUAUUAUGGUAUUAAGGUUUAUUUGUCAAUGUUCAUCAAGUGACAAAUUGACAGAAUUUUAUAUGCAUAUAGGGAAAAGUUGUAGGUAUUAUUUACAGAUUUAUUCACAAUUGUACACUUGUCUCGAGUCUGAUUCGGUGCUGUUCCAUGGUCAUUUCAGUAGAACAAUGAACAUUAUUUAAGGAUUAACUUGAAUAUAUUUUUCAUUUUAUGGAGAUAUUACACAAAUAAACAGAGGGUACUCUUUUCGCGGUUUAUGAUGAGAGUACAUUCUGGGUUUUUUUGUGUUAAAGCUCCAUAACAUGAAAAAUAUAUUCAAGUC